AUGCUUUCGUUUCGUACUAAAGGGUUUAAUGGGUAUGGAAUACAAUAUUCUCCAUUUUUUGAUAACAAAAUAGCUGUGGCUACAUCUGCAAAUUACGGUUUAGUAGGUAAUGGGAAAUUAUUUAUCUUAAGUAUUGAACCAAGUGGGGUUAUUCAUGAACAAAGAUCUUGGAUGACACAAGAUGGAUUAUUUUCAGUAGCAUGGUCAGAAAUCAAUGAAAAUCAAGUUGUUGUAUCAUCGGGAGAUGGAAGUAUUAAAAUGUUUGAUUUAAAUGUACCAGAAUUCCCAGUUAUGCAAUGGAAAGAACAUUCACGUGAAGUAUUUGCAGUUAAUUUUAAUCUUGUUGAUAAAACUAAUUUUGUUUCAAGUAGUUGGGAUGGACAAAUUAAAGUAUUUUCACCAAAUAGACCAGAAUCACUUCUUACUUUACAAGCAAAUCAUCCUGAUUAUUCAACAAAAAUAGCUCCAUUACAAGCUCAAGGUCAAGCACCACCUCCAGUGCAUCAUCAACCUAAACAUCAAGCUAUUGAUACAACUAAUUGUGUUUAUGAAGCUCAAUUCUCCCCUCAUUCCCCAUCACAGAUAUUUAGUUGCACUGGUGCAGGUAAAAUUCAAAUUUGGGAUAUAAGAGAUAGAAAUCCAUUACAAAAAGAAUUUACCGCCCAUAGUGGGUUUGAAGUAUUACUGGUAAGUCCAAAUUUUUACCGUCCGACGAUAUUAGCUUCAGGUGGAUCAGAUAAAUCUGUUCUGAUUUGGGAUUUCAGAAUAAUAAGUGAUACUCCUCAUAUACGUGGACCAAGUCCACUUAAUCUGUUUCAUGGACAUCAAAUGGCGGUAAAAAGAGUUAAAUGGAGUCCAUUUGAUGGUAAAGAAUUGGUUUCUGCAAGUUAUGAUAUGACAUCAAUGGUUUGGAGAGAUUCUGCUGAUGAAAGAGCAAGAUUUUUAAGAGCUGGAGCUCCUCUAAAGGCAGUUUUCCUGGCUCAUUCAGAAUUUGUCAUGGAUUGUGAUUAUAGUCUUUGGGGUGAACCUGGUUGGAUAGGUACUACUGGAUGGGAUGAAAUGGUCCAUGUUUGGAAUUCAAAUAGAUAUUUAGUUUAA